UCUUAUUGUAAUUUGUCUGUGUUGUUGUUGCUGCAGUUCAUUGUUGUUCAAGUUUCGUCUGAAAUUUUAUUUCUCACUAUUCAGUAAUAUUUGAUUUACGUACCGAUCAAAAAGCCUUUAAAACCAGCAAUCAUGGCGAAGAUGGCAUUUCAGCACCAAGCCGGAACGGCUAUGGAGUGUCUUAGUAUUCCAAUUACACUUCAAAAAGAAGCUGGUGUAGAUGCAGAGGGCAGAGAAGUUAUGAAAUGUGGCUUCAAAAUAGGAGGUGGAAUUGAUCAAGACUACCGUAAGAGCCCCCAGGGCUACACAGACAAUGGUAUCUAUGUAACAGAGGUUCACGAGGGCAGCCCUGCGGCAAAGUCUGGUUUGAGAAUGCAUGACAAAAUCCUGCAGUGCAACGGCUAUGAUUUUACUAUGGUGACACAUAAAAAGGCAGUUAGCUAUAUCAAGAAGCAUCCCGUUCUAAACUUACUUGUAGCAAGAAAAGGUGUCACAUCCACAUAAUGAAAACACAAAUUAAGUCUUUUUUUUUAAGUUGAAGUUCAAAUGGAGUAUUGUAAAACAAGUGAUUUUAUACAGUUAUUUAUUCUUUAGUAAUUAUAAGAGAUUUUAGUUUGUACAUGUGAAGAUAUGAUGUACUUGGUAAGAUAUUUUUACUGAUAGCUAAUUAAUUAUUAAUGACUUGGUAACAGUACCAGCUGAGGCUGAAAAUAUACAUUUUAUGAGUUACCAUUUAUAGUUAUAAUAUGAUGGGGUAAUUUUAGCUUUUUUGACUUUCAGGGUAACAUUAGUCCAAUAUGUAGAUACCCUUAUAUUACAAUCAGGAAAUUUUCAGAAAACUUAUCUAAUAAUUAAAAUUAUUUAACAUAUUUAUAUAAAUGUUGAAAAUGUGAUGAAUUUAAAAAAUGUAAUGACAAUUUUUAUGAUAUUUUGGUCAAUUAUUAUAAUGUUAUAAAUUAUUUGAAUUAUUCAUAAUAAAUUGAAUACAUUCCUUCAAAAAUUUGCACUGUGCCAAAUAUUCACUUUUAUAUAUUAAGCAUUUUAUAUAAUUUAUUGCUGAAAGACAACACCUUUUUGACAAACUGUUGGUAUUGCUGUUGCAUUGCCAAAGAUUAAUACUAAACAACUUAUCAACACUAUUUCAAGCAUCUGUAAAUUGUUCAUAAUAUUAAAAUAAUACAAAUGCCACACCACACCAAUUUGUUUUUAACUAAAUAGGGAUACUAUUUAUUUUUUCAGAUAAAUGGACCCAAAUAUUAUUGAACAACUUGUAAGUGCACCUAGAACUUUUAUGACUAAUUUUAGAUGCUCUUCAAGUUUUUAAUUUUAACAAUAAUAUUUAAUAUAAUAUGUAUUGUUACUAAAUAUUUUGCAUUUAAUUGGACUAAAAUAUGAAUAUACUAUCAUCAUAAAAUAUAAUUUGGGUUAAUGCUAAUACACUCUAGUACAAUUAUUUAUUCAAAAAUUUCAAGAACACACCAAUACUCAUUUUUUACAUUGUUUAUAAAUAUCAGGGCAAGGGGAACCUCCAUGUUCUUUAAGAAUUUGUUCAAGAAAUAAAACAUGUUAUUUAAA